AACAGCCAUAACUCUUAGCGCUGGCCGGAGCGAGCCACGUGUGUUCCCCGCAGAGUUUACAAGAAUUCCGUCAAAACAACAGUGAAAAACAGUGAUCGUUGUUAAGAGUGAUAGUGCUGUGGAAAUAUAAAGUGAACUAGCCGUAGUAACAACCGCUGCCACUCGAUAGGAUAACUUUUGAUAACGAUUUCCCUUGAAAUAGGAGUUUCUGGAAUCAAGAUUAGAAAAACAAACAAUGCCGGGAAUAAAAAGAAAACGGCAUGAAAAAUAUAAGGAGCGCUGACGACAUUUUAUCGCCAGCAUGAACAAGAGAGCGGUGCGCGAUGUAUCGCGCCAUUUGCAUAAGAAUGGUUCGACCAUAAUCAGUAGGCCGGCUCUGUCGCUGCGAACGAAAAACCUGAAGAUGUACUGCUGCAGAUGCUUCCACAAGCGACGCACAUCCCUGCUCACGUGUAUAGCUAUAUGUUUUCUAGUACUCACCUACAAUAUACUGGGCGGGUUUAUAUUCCUCGCGAUAGAGAGCCCGAAGAGCUACGUGUACAUAACGCCGUCCAAAUCCAGCGCCGAGUCGCAGAGCGAAGCGGUGAGGUUAAAAACCGUGGAGCGUCUGUGGACGAUAACGGAAGACUUGAAUAUACUGUACAAACAGAAUUGGACUAAGCUAGCGGAUAAGGAGUUGGUGGAUUUUCACAAAAUUGUAUUAGAAACUUUACAGCACGAAAGCGUGGAGCAACACCGAGAGAAUCGUUGGACGUACGCCGAGAGCUUCCUCUACGCCUUGACGUUGAUCACGACAAUAGGUAACGGAAACAUAAGACCCACAUCACUAACCGGAAAGACCGUGGCGAUCGGCUACGCGGGGCUCGGAAUUCCUAUCGUCAUACUCUACCUCUCGACCGUGGGUGAAAUAUUCGCGAGAAAAAUACGCUCCCUGUACUACAAGCUAUCCCCUGAAAGCAUUCGCAGCAAAAACUUUCAUUCGAAGGCGGAUUGCUUGAGUCACUGUCGCUGCCACAUUAUUCAGGACCCGAAAGGUGUCAUCGAGGCCGACGAAAUGAGCGAACAACAAAUGAGCACACCUUUUCACGCUGCGUUAAAUAUGAAUGGGCUGAAUGGGGAAUUUCACUGGAUGUGUCGCGAUCACACGAGGGUGCCCAUUAUUUUUAGCAUCCUCAUAAUUGUGUUCUACGUCGUAAUCGGGGCGUUCAUAUUUCACGUCACGGAGGAUUGGACGUUCGUCGACGCGUUGUACUUCUCGUUCUCCGUGCUGGCCACGAUAGGCUUCGGCUACCUCAAGCCGGGAUCCUACGCGAGCUCCAUCUCCACCAAGGCGGAGGACCUGGCGAUAGGAGUGUGCUGCGUGUACAUACUGUUCGGGGUCGUAGUCAUAGCCAUGUGUUUCAAUCUCAUCCAGGACGACGUGGGCCUGUCGCUGCGAGGAUUCACCUCGUUCUGCAUGGGCAGCCCCAAGUCCAGGGUCGUGUACAAUGUCCAGGCCGCCGGCGAGACCACGCUCGUGCCUGUUAUCUGACGCAGUGACACGGCCGAGGGGCCAUCGGAGAUCGCACGGGAGCGCCGACCACAAGUUAGCUUUAAACUCGAAAACUUUAGCCCAGUAAGAUUUCACAGUCUCCCGAGGAGAAAGUCCUCGGCGAACGGCGAGGAACACUUCAAAAGGAACGCGCCGGCGAGACGGUCCACGGGCCAGACGGAACAUUCCAUCGAGUACUUUGUUCCUCGUAGUUUAAGUGAAUUUAAUUUAAGCGGUGCGGGGACCAGCAAGAUGACUGGGGUGACGAGUGACAGGAUACGACCUAGUCGCGAAAAAAUGGUGACGUUCGAGGACGAUCAUGUGAAACGUAUGGACGAGGCGUGCGCGCUCGCCGACGACGCGUACAUGUAAAAACCUAAUUAAUGUUUGGAUGU